AUGACUUCUAAAAUUUUUGCCGUGUUGGCUUUAUUGGCAGCGGUAAAUGCUCAGCACCACUCAAGUGGUCAUGCUACUUCUUCUCAAUCAAUUAUUCAUCAUGACAUCUCCCAUAAUGGGCACGGGCACGGGAUUCAGGCCGUUCCAGUCGCUUAUCAUCAUGCACCCAUCGCCCACCAUGCUGUCCCAAUAACCAAUUACGCGUCCAAUAUUCACGUUCCUUCUAUCUCGCAUCACGCUACUCCUGCCAUUUCUGUUCAUCACGCCGCUCCCGUUGUUUAUCAUUCCGCUCCUAUUCAUAACCAACAUGGAUCUGGUUACGAACAUCAAGAUUACCACAUUCAAUGCUCAAGUAGAGCACUCUGGUCACUCAACGCAUGU